AUGCCUCCUCUUCCCGACCCCGAAGAUGCUUCUGACGAAGAGUCCGGAGACGUCCCAUUCAGCACUGCCAAUGAAGACGCAAAAGCAGAGAACGGAGAAGAAGACAGCGAGGGAGAUGACGAUGACGAAGAGGGAGUCUACGUCGUUGAAUCGAUUUCCACCCAUGCUUUCUUAGAUGAUGGAACCCUCUCACUGCACGUGAAAUGGAAGGGCUAUGAGAAAAAGGAGGAUAUGACCUGGGAACCCGAGGGGAACUUGGUGGAUGGUGCCCGGGAUGUCUUGAUGGCAUACUACAAGAAGAUCGGUGGUAAACCCGCGAAGCCUUCGGCGUCGACUGCCGCGAAACCAGGCCGUAAGCGCAAGUCCUUGGGCGAAGCAAAGGCAACUCCAGUUGCAGACACAAAACCCGAAAACAAGAGGCAACGAAAGUCUACAGCCCCGACUGAUGCUCCAGAGACCCCGGCCUCAAUCGAGGAAAAACAAGACUCCGAGGAACCGACCGACUGGCUUCCCAAAGGUAAAAACUGGGAAAAUGAAGUGGCUGUUGUCGAAACCAUCACGCGCGAUGAGAAAAGCAACGGUCUCUUUGUGUUGUUGAAUUGGAAGAAUGGCAAAACAGCCCGUGUGUCCAUUGAAACUUGUUACGAGAGAUUGCCCCGGAAAAUGCUCCGGUUCUACGAAGACCACCUUCAUUUCAAGGAAUAG